GAACAAACGGGUCCACACGUAAUUAUUCGGAAGCUAAAGGUAAUAUUACAUACGUAGCUGAAUUACAAGGUUUAAAUACCUACUAACGCCAUUUCUUCAUUCAUCAUCUUUCUCCAAAGUCCAAACACCCAAAAAGCAUAGAAUAAACAAAAAAUGGCUGGAGAGGAGUUGUUGAGACUGUUCGAGCAAAACUGGUCGGAGAGACUAAUUCUCAAGAAAGACAAAGAGAAUCUGAAUGGAAAAAGUCGAGAGAAGCAUGAAGAAACAGAGAUUCCAAAGAAAAAAGAAGAAGAGGAAGAUGUGAAGAAUUUUCCGGUGAGGUUUCUUGUAGAGAGGGCUAUGAGUGAUGAGACGAUGAUGACAACGACGAGUUCCAAGACAAGUUUGUUUAGUUCUUCAUCAGAUGAUUUGUUCUUGUCUCCUAGUCCUAGAUCUGUCUUGCCCGUUAAAGCAACGCCGAUGAAGCUUCAGACGAUUCUCUCCGGGAAAGAAGUGAACGAGUUUAGGAUUGCGGAAAGAGAGAGAGUACUUUCGGAGAAAAAAGAUCUUCAGAGGAAGAAGAUGAUGAUGAUGAUGAAGAGUAAUGUAAGAAGAAGAAGAAAGGGAAAGAGUAUGUCAGAUUUGGAGUACGAGGAGCUUAAAGGGUUUAUGGAUCUAGGUUUUGUCUUUUCCGAGGAAGACCAUAAAGACUCCGAUCUGGUUUCGAUUCUUCCUGGAUUGCAAAGAUUAGUGAAGAAAGAUCAUGAUGGAUUAGUGCAAGUAACAAAUAAAGAAGAAGGAGAAGAAGAAGACAAGAGCAAUGGAAACAGAGUAGCGAGACCGUAUUUGUCAGAAGCGUGGGAUCAUUGUGGAGGAAGAAAAGGAAAAACACAGAUCACGACGGAUAUAAAGUGGAGAGUUCCGGCGCCGGCGACCAAGGAAGUUGACUUAAAAGACAAUCUAAGGCUUUGGGCCCAUGCCGUGGCCUCCACUAUUCGAUGAUAUAUAACACACAAGUUUUGGGAUUCUAUUAAAAUGCAUGCAAACUUUUUCUGUAUCAAUACUUUUUGAUCGGUUUUCAAAAUUAUGUGAAUAAAAGAGAAAAAGUAUGUUCGAUCUCUCUAACUA